AGUUUGUGAGAAAAGGAGCAUGUGAUACAAGUAUAUGCCACUGGCCCGUACAAAGGCCCAUUUUUGUUGACCGCUCCCUUUCAACUAGGUGAUCAACAUAUAUCCUCACGAUCGCCCAGUCAUCUUCUGUAGCCAGUCGGCCAUUUUCGCCGUCAACGGCGUAUUCCUCUGCCACGUGCACCUCCCGUGGUACCUUGUCUGCUGUACCUGCACGCCGGAAAAGAAACUCUGAUUACCAUCUUUCAGAGUCACUACUCAGCUAGGACGGAGGGAAUAGUAUAAUAAAUCAAAUUGCAGAAGCUACCCGUUGGUUAACGUGGAGUGUAGAGCAGAUUUGAUGAGAAGUUGAUUCUAUUUCUUAUAUACGAAUAUAAUCGAGCCUUCAACGUAUACGGAGUAGCAGUCUAGAUUGAUAUAAGAAGCUGCACAACAAAAACAGAUUGGUAAAGGAAUGUGUUUCCAGUAAAUGAACUCAUUUUUUCCAUCAAUCAAUGAUUGCCAUGAAACUACUUGCAUCUUUCACAUGCUCCAGCAGGGCACUUCGUGUUAGAAUAAAAGGACAUUUGCAAUCACGUUCAUUCCAACCUGAUUUUGCCCCAAGAGAUCCCAAUGUGAAACCUAUAAAAUACAAAUACCCUACAGUAUAUGAUCCAUACGGGCCUAGACCCCCACCGUCCGAUAAGAUUAUGCAACUUGUAGAACGCAUUGCAUCCCUAACACCUGAUGAGCGCAAACAAAUUGGGCCCAUGCUCAGAGAGAGACUGAAGCUUCCCAUGCUGAAAGCCAUUUCAUCAGAAGAAGGCAUUAGUGGUGGGGCUGGAGUGGGACAAGGCGGGCCUGCGAAGACGGAAGAGAAGAAGGUGGAGAAGACGGCAUUUGAUGUGAAGCUAGAAAAGUUUGAUGCGGCUGCAAAAAUCAAGGUGAUCAAAGAGGUGCGUUCAUUCACCAGUUUGGGGUUGAAGGAAGCUAAGGAGCUGGUGGAAAAGGUGCCUGCCGUACUAAAGCAAGGAGUCACCAAAGAGGAGGCAAAUGACAUAAUCGAAAAGAUCAAAGCUGCUGGAGGAAUUGCAGUUAUGGAAUGAUUAGUAAUAGCAAGUAGUCCAUCCUGAUACCGCUUUACGCAUAUGCCAGGUCAUCAUUAUGUAUUCCGGACAGAAUGAGCUUUUCCUUUCAUGAAAUUCUACUGCCUUCUGCAAUUUCCAGAGAAUUAAAGAACAGUAUUCAGGGGCGAAGGCCAGGUCACUGGCAUGCCCCCUACCUCAGGGAGAUGAUUCUUAUUUAGGUUGUUCUUGGGGGUAUUGAUUAAAAGAGAAUCAGACAAUUACCACAUAAUAAGCUGGUUUUGAAAUUAAAACCUGUUGUGGAACCUUUUUAUUUCUAAUGUAAUGAAUAAUUUACGGGUGAAUUAUCUAAAUAGGAGUAAAUGGUACCUAAAAAUCACAAAUUUGACUAUAUUGCUUUAAAAUUCC